AUGCCAAAGGUGCAAAGCUAUUCGGCGUCCUGGCUUGGCCAGGAUGCACCUGGGCACCAGCUCUUCAAAGCAGACGACACUGAUCGCGGUCGCACAUACGCCUACAACGCCUCGGUCGACGAGCUUCCCGGUCCACGGCGAACGAUUGCGACCUUGGGGACGCAGGCAUUUGUGGCGAAUGGCCGUGACAUCCGAUGGGGGGACUUGGCUUUUCUCAAGGACAAAUGGGAACGGUCACCACAAGGGCGGUCCGGCUUGAAGAGGGAGGCUUCCUUGGCUUCGGUGAUAGAUUCUGUUGAGCAAGAGCCCGGUGCCGGGGUCAGAACCCUCAAAACACGAUGCGCCGAAGAUAUUCGACAGCUUAUUGUGUCUCCCGGCGGAGCUUAUCUUGCUAUUCUCACUACUCACACCGUCCACAUCUGCAUUAUUCCCGAUCCUUCGCAUCUGACCUGCGGUGAAACGAGUCCCCUGAAGCCUCAAAUCCACACUCUGGGACCUACUACCCAUGUCACCUCGCGAGCACCCAUCAUGUCGGCCCUCUGGCAUCCUCUGGGUGUCAACGGGUCAUGCCUGGUCACCGUCACAGCUGACGCUAUUGUCAGAGUCUGGGAACUGCAACUCGAUAGCCGCUGGAGUUUCGACAAGCCUACCAUGUCCAUCGAUCUCAGAAAGCUUGCCGAUGGAACGACCAUGGAUCAGGAUUUCUCGGCAUCAACCACGGUGACGAACAGUGGAUUCUCGCCCGACACGUUCGACAUGGAGGUUGCUGCGGCGAGCUUCCCCCAUCGGGAGUCUGGCGGCUGGAAUCCCAUGACCUUGUGGGUGGCCAUGCGGGGAGGCGACGUCUAUGCUUUGUGCCCUCUGCUACCCGAGAAGUGGUCGCCGCCUCCCAUGUUGAUUCCCUCGCUGUCGGUCUCCAUCGUGCAGACGGUAGCAAGCAUUCAGGACAACCCAGAAGUGUCAGAGUAUGAGAACCUCUUGGCACAGCAGCAGUUCGAUUGGAUGGGCGAAUUGGACGCGCAAGAGCCUACAAUUGUGGAGGACCAGCUCGGCGAGCCUAUCCAUGAGAUUUACAACCGGCCGUCGCGACCGAGUCUGGUGCCUCGACUGCAAGGACCCUUUGAGCCUCUCUCCGAGCCCGAGGCGGCUCAAGACUUUGAGAUCACCGACAUUCUGGUUGUUGGGAAAAACGUGGAUGCCGAGGACCUCAUGAUGGGUGAGGAGGAGGACCUGGAAUUCGACGACAAUGACAAAGAAGGAGCCUCGCUCACGGUGAUCUGCCUGCUGAGUGCCGAUGGGCAGACGCGCAUCUAUCUCGACCUGGAGGGCGUGCAAGCCGAGUGGCUGCCCCCGAAGAACAAACCACGCCUUGGGCGCCUUAUUGCGCGCCUCGAUCAGCCAACACUAUUGACGUAUCAGGCUAUCGACACGAUGAGCUCGAGCGAGAUUGAUAAUCUCUCGGAUGAUAGCUGGCCCGUGUUCAGCCCAGAUGCUUCGCACCGCUACUCAUUCUGGGUUACCACCACUACUGGCAUCUCCUUUAUCUCUUUGCUGCCUUGGAUCACCCGCCUCGAAAGCGAGCUUGCGGGCAGUCUGGAUGCUGGCACUGACUUCCGGAUGAACCUGGUUGUGCACACGGCGUCGACGAGAGAUAAGAUCUACUCUUGCCCAAAAUCACAGGACGUCAUUCUGGCUGCGGCGACAUCUAUUUUUGAUGCGGACCUCGGCUACCUCCUGUUGUCCGCAACGCCCUACGAACCCAUUGCCAUGGCCUUCGACACACCCGAAUCGAGUCGUCCCCUCGCCAUCGAGGAUUCGCCCGUCAAAAGAGAGGAGGAUGAUCAGCCCCUAUUGGAUUUCUAUGAACCUCGCCCUGUCUUCAACACUCCACACGCCUUUAGCGAAGAUUCGCUGUUGCCGCAAUACCUGGACAAUUUGCGCACAUCACGCCACAAAACAACGAUUACGCAAGAUGUUAAGCUCAGCCCAAUGACAUUGAAUGUGUUCACGGAGGUUCACAAGGUGCUCAGUGAUGAGACAGCCAGACUCCGGGACGCGGCUGCCGAGGUGUUCAUCCGAUGCCAGAGCCUGACCGGCGAGCUGCGCGAACAGAUCCGCAAAGCGGGCGAGGUGCAAAGGAGAAUCGACGCCAUGCUGGGAGACGGCGAAGAAGAGUCCGACCGAGUCCGGUAUGAUCGUCGCAUCGAGCAAGCCAAUAGCCGUCAAGAAGCGCUUAAGGCACGCAUCGAGAAGCUCAAGCAGACGGUGGGCCGCUCCACGACCCGCGAGUUGAGCGUGAAAGAGCGCGCUUGGGCGGACGAAGUUCGCUCGGCAGAGAAGAACGUCUGCCUGCCUGGGGAGGAUGACGACGAGGGCACUACCGCAGCGAACGACUCGCAGAAUCAGCCUAAGAAGUUGUGGCAGCGCUUUGAAGACCUGAAGGAACUGCAAGACUCGCUGACGAUGCAACUGGAGACGCUCAACGUCGGCAAGGACGGUGAGGAGAAGAGAGAACAACAGGAGCUGAGGGUGCCGGACAACAUCAGGAAGAGUAAGAUGCAGCAGGUUCAGGGCGCACUUGCGCGAGAGACGGCGCUCGUGGAGGCGGUGCGCUUGCGGCUGGAGAAGUUGCAGACUGAUGCGGGCGUUUAG